GAUCUACACACAUUUUAUUCUCAACCUUUUUAACACAAGCACAAUUUUUACUUUUCUUCUUUGUGUGUGACCAAACAGUCAAAAACCCAAUAACAAAACCGAAGGAGGACUAAUAAAAAGUACUAAAAAGGAAGGAACUUUAUGGUUUGGUGUUAUUACUAAAAUGGAAGAAGUAACAAUUCUUUCAUCAUUAAAUAUGAUGGGAGGAUAUCAAUAAUAAUUAAAUGGAUUAUAAAAAACUGAUUGUUUCAGACAACCAUUUAUUGUUGUUGUAUUUUAGAGUCCUUCCUCCUCUUCGUGCGCUCCAAUCUGCCACUGCACUUAAAGCAGUGCUAUCCACUCUUUCCCCCUUUUCUCGCUCCUCUUCUUUUUCUCUUUCUCUCUGUCAAAGGAAAGGAGAGAUUAGGAGGCUACACAGUAAAGAGAGUUGACCUUAUUAUAGUAGUAGUACUAGUACUUUCUUACUACUCAAUCACAUUGAAUAUUUUAUGUGGGUUGAGGUAAAUUUUUGCUGGGCUCUCUGUUUCCUUUUUUAUGUUUUUCUGUAUUGAUAGUUGUGGUACCAGUCCCCCUUCCCCCUUCCCCUUUCCCUUCCCCAGUUUAUACUCAUUUCCCAAACUCUUCAUAUUCAUCAUAACUGAUACUUGUAUUUAGUAUUUACUCUCUUGUUUCCCCCUUUGUCUACAUAUACAAUUCUCUGUAUUAAUCAGCUGCAACGGUCCCCCCUUGUCUCUUUGCAGAAGUCCUGUACAGAAUUUAAAGAUUGGUUUUUUUUUUUUUCACUGUUUUCCUUAUUGAUUGGUUAAGAAAUCAUAAGGGUUUCAUUUGGUUUUUGAGUCUGUAUAUCAUAUGGACAGAUAUGAUGCAUCUGCUACUGCUUGAGGGUGAUGAUCAUUUCCAGGGGACACUGACGGAAGGGAAAAGAAUCCAAUCAUCUGUUUAGUGGAGAUACAAAAAGGUUUACCCUUUUGGUUGUAUCAUUUAUGCUUUAACAGAGAAUAGUGGAUGUUUGCUUCACAGUUAUUGAGAAUUCUCCAAACUGUUCCUUCUGAUUUAAGCUAUGAAACCAGGGUCAUUGACAUGCCUGCGGAAAAGUUUACCAUGAAGGAAUAUCAGCAAGAAAUCUCAUUUCCUGCAAAUGGCUCUGAGAAUGAGGCAGAUUAUUUAGCAUUUAAGAUAGAUAAUGGAAAUGCCUCUCAAAAUGCAUCUGUACCUGAGUGUGCUGAAGUUUUGGACAGAAGUUCAAACAGCAAUGAUAAGGAAGUUGCAGAUUCUCUAAAGUUGGGAGACCGUUUUGGGCCUUUUAAUCACUUAAAUGGAUCUAAGAGGAGUUUUGAAUCAGUAACUGUUAGCGAUCAUUCAUGCAGCAGUCCCGAAAUUGAUCACACAUUUGUUAUUACUAACAGCUUCACUGAUAAUAGUGAAAAAGGAGCAGCAGAAGAUUCGGAGACACUCUGUACCUCUAUUUCUGAGGUUGAAUGCAACUCCCAGACCAAUCCUUACGAUGAUCAAAGUGUUAAGGAGUGUGAACUUCCUGAGGUUUCAGUCUGCUACAAGGACAGUGACUAUCACAUUGUUAAGGACAUAUGUGUUGAUGAGGGAUUGCCUACCCAGGACAAAACUUUGAUAGUUUCUGAGAAUGAUAGUCAUACUGGGUCUUUUGUCUCGCAAUCAUGUGUUGAAGACAACGACAACGGGAUAGCAAAAGCAUGUAAUGAAAUGGGCCCCAGUGCAGAUGAUCUUGAAAUAACUACAGGAGAACACAUCCCAAAAUUUUACUUUAGUGAAGAUGGGACUAAAGAAGUGGAUGUUGCAACCUACUUGUUGGAUGAGUCCAAACCCUCAGCAGAAGAAGAUACAGUUGACGAUGUUAUGAAGGUGCUUGGCCUGGAGAACUUGGAGCAAAUAAAGAACUUGGAGCAAAUAAAGAACUUGGAGCAAAUAAUUGAAGCUAAUGGGAGUACAACUGACGGAACAGAAGAUGAACCUGCAACCGGUGGCAGAAAUAGCCCACAAGAGUUAAUAGCAGAGGAUGCUCAUUCACAAUCUUCCCACGCGGAUGAUAUUGAAGCUCCUCGACAGAGUGAUGAGGUUCCAUCUGUAGAAGCGAUUUUAGAAAGCCUCGCCAUAGCCUUUACUUCGGAUGAUGCAAAGAAGAAUGUUGCAGAAAGUAAUUUGCAAUACAACAGCAAAGUGGAAGGUGGCGCAAUCACUUUUGUCUUUGACUCUUCUGAUCCUUCACUUGCUAGCAACGAGGCUGAGAGUACUGAAAACAGUCAAGAAGAGUCUCCCAAGGAUAAUGGAAAGGACAAAGAUGUGGAUGAUGCCUCAGCUACUAUUGUACCUCCUCAUGAAAGCAAUGCAGAGAAGAAGAACGAAAAUGUUGAGGAACCAAAGGCCAUGUUACAGAAUGCAGAUGAUGAUCCCAUUCGACUCCACCGCGGAGGUGGAGAAACGAGCUUCUCUUCAACCGGACCCGUCUCAGGUUUAAUUACUUACUCAGGGCCCAUAGCAUAUUCUGGGAGCAUCUCCCUUCGAUCAGACAGCAGCACAACCAGCACACGUUCUUUCGCUUUCCCAGUGUUACAGUCAGAAUGGAAUAGCAGCCCGGUGCGAAUGGUAAAGGCCCGGAAACACAAAGGUUGGAGGCAAGGCCUUCUCUGCUGUAGAUUCUAAAAUUUCUUUAUGAUCCACAUACUAGUUCUUAGCUUAGAACUUUAGAUAUAUACGGUCCCAACUCCCAACAUCCCCCGAGUUAUAUGAUGGUCCCUAAGUAAUAUUAUGUAUACUUGUCAAUAUCGGUAUAGGUUUGGUAAUGCCUUUUACAGUAGCUUAGAAAACUUUGGUUUUUGAGUUGAAACUCAGCUGAGCAAAUUUGAACCCUAUUCGAUGUUUUACAUUUUUGCUCUCAAAACGUUUUAUUCAUUUAUUGGAUCAGAUUCUUACAUAUUCUCAUUGUUUUUUUUUUCCUGCGCAUUUUGUUAAGUUGACUCCAAACAAUGAGAAAUAACAUUA